AUGGUCGAAGUCAUCCAGAACAUGCGGCGAGACGCCAACCGCAAGUUCGUACCGGUCAUUGCCGACUGCAUGAUAACCGCAUACGAGCACUGCGUUGCCGAAUCCAACGUACAAUGCCUGAAAUCCCUACAAAUGCCGAUCGAGAUCGGCGUUGGUACCGGCUCGCGUCCGACUUCAUCAUCGACGGAUGGCCUCGUCCAGGGGCCGACAACCAGCACUCACUUUGGCGGUAACGUCAAGGUUAGCCGCUACAUCAAGAUCACCGUGUCAAAGCAGAAGCUGGUGUCGCUGCCCCCUGCGCAAGCUGUUACUCCAGUCCUUUAUCGAUACUGCUGGGUUGAGAAAUGGCGGAGAGAUCCUCGCUGA